AAUGCCUCAUGGGACUUCAAGUUUGGCAACAGCUGGAGGGCCGCCAGUUUGACACCUUUGUUGUGUAACUACAAGUCCCUUCAUGCCUCUGCCUUUGGGAGUCAUGCUUGUAUCUGUCAAUCUUGCAAUGCCUCAUGGGACUUGUAGUUUGGCAACAGCUGGAGGGCCGCCAGUUUGACACCUCUGUUGCCAAACUACAAGUCCCAUGAGGCAUUGCAAGACUGACAGUUACAAGCAUGACUCCCAAAGGCAGAGGCAUGAUGGGACUUAUAGUUUCGCAACAGCUGGAGGGCCGCCAGUUUGACACCCCUGGUCUAA